AUCACUUUUAUUUCUUUAACUUGCGAAGGGAUUGGAGGCCUUGCAUUAUUCCUGGUAGUAGGCACUUGGCUGUCCCGGGGAUAUAAUAAAUGGAAGCUCAUCAAACUCAAACAAAAGUUCAUGCAAAAUGGAGGUUUGAUGUUGCAACAACAACUAUCCAACUACGAAGAUCUGCAGAAACAGCUAAAAUUUUUACAGCUGAAGAACUUGAGAAGGCCACAAACAACUUUGAUGAAAGCGGAAUUCUAGGUCAAGGAGGUUAUGGGACAGUUUACAAAGAAGCUCUUAGAGAUGGGAGAAUUGUUGCUAUUAAGAAGUCCCACAUUAUUGAUCAAAGUUGUUGCAUAGAGACAGAGGUUCCAUUGUUGGUAUAUGAAUUCAUUACCAAUGGCACUCUCCACCAUCACAUCCACAAUAAAAUUAAGGCUUCAUCAUUGACCUGGGAAAUCUGCUUAAGGAUAGCAGUAGAAACUGCUGGAGUGCUAUCAUAUUUGCACUCUACAGCCUCUACACCAAUCAUUCAUAGAGAUAUAAAAUCUACAAACAUACUCUUAGAUGAUAGCUACACAGCAAAAGAAUCUGACUUUGGUACUUCAAGCCAAUUAACAAAGAAAAGUGAUGUUUAUAGCUUUGGAGUUGUCCUUCUCAAGCUUUUGACCGGAGAAAAGAUCAAUGAGGUAGCUAAUCUUGCAAGGAGAUGCUUGAGUGUGAAAGGGGAGGAAAGGCCUACAAUGAAGGAAGUGGCUAUGAAAUUAGAGGAACUGAGAAGUAUGACAAAGCAUCGAUGGGUUAACGAAGCAUUGGAUGCAGGAGAAGCAGAGUACUUGCUUGGUGAAACAUCUGUUAAAUCUGGUUACCAUGAGUACUUUGAUGCUAGUGGUAGCAUGAGUGUGCACAACACCUUGCUAGACCAAGUAGGAUUUGCAGUUCACAAUAGGAGAUGAUGAUUACUUGGUUUGAGGAAUAAUGAUUCAUCCAUAUGAAAGAAUGGAGACGAAAGACGCGGUUCUGCUGAUUUUUUUUUUUUUUUUGUUAUUUAUAAGUAUUUUAGAAUUGAAUACAAAUUUAAAAUGUAU